AUGGACCGCGACGACGAACAGACAUUUGCAGAAUCUUCAAGACAUAGAGAAGGAAAAGGGUCGGACAGGCAUGGAGGAAAGGGGGGAAAGGGUAAAGGAAAGUCAAGUGGAGGCGGUGGUGGCGGAAGGGGCAAACCGUCUAGAAGCACCAAACUUCGAGGACUCGAGAAAGAUUCCCCAGACGUCCGAAUUUCCAAAACACUUUCAUGGCUUCUACGACACGGCGCAGCCAAAGAGGGUCUUUCAAUCAGACCAGACGGUUACCUAGACUAUCCCAAACUCAAAGCUGUAUCCCUCAACUUUAAGAACCUCCAGGAAAUCGUAAAGGCAGACGCGAAAAGGCGAUAUGACCUGCGGUUCGAGUUCGAGAAUGCAACGGUAGCGACGGAAGCACCUACCGACGAACAGCCUUCAGCAGCAGGAUCGUGGUGGAUUAAAGCCAAUCAGGGUCACUCAAUAAAGGCUGUCGCAUUGGAUCUCAAGCCAAUCAACUCAGUCGACGACAUACCCACCGGCAUCGCAGUGCAUGGAACAAAUCAAUCCGCCUGGAAGUCUAUAGCAACGCAAGGUCUUUCCAAGAUGUCACGAAACCAUAUCCAUCUCGCGCAAGGCGUCUCUGGCGAGAACGUCAUCAGCGUUCCACUUAUCUGA